AUGUGGAUGUUUUCUUGGCUUUGUGCCAUUUUAAUUAUCUUGGCUAUUGCUGGUAUGAACACAAUAGCAAAGACCACACCAUACACAAAAUUUACGAAGAAAUCUGAGGGAAAAGAGGUGCCAAAGGGUCCAAAGCCGUCCAGUGGCCCCACUCCAGAAGAAGAAGAAACCCCCUUCACAGAAGUGGCUGAAAUGGCAGCACCAACCACCAAACCCUCCGCCCUAGAUUCUGCCUUUGGCACUGCCACUCUCUUUCCCUUUGAAAACUUCACUCUUGACCCGGCUGAUUUCUUUUUGAAUUGUUGUGAUUGUUGUUCACCUGUCCCAGGGCAGAAAGGAGAACCUGGAGCAACUGGAAAGCCAGGUCCUAAAGGAGAGGCUGGGAUCCCAGGGUCACCAGGAGUUGUUGGGCCCCAAGGCCCAAAAGGCCUCAAAGGAGAGAAAGGACUUAAAGGAGAACGUGGAGACCAAGGAACAAGUGGAGUUCCAGGAUAUCCAGGAAAACCUGGAGAACAAGGUGGACUUGGCCCUAAGGGGGAUAAAGGAAACAUUGGUCCGGCAGGAGUGAAAGGACAAAAAGGCUCACAGGGGGACACGUGUGAGAAUGGCACCAAAGGGGACAAAGGAGACCGAGGGGCAGUGGGCCCGCCGGGCUUGGAUGGGGGGCCUGGGGCUAAGGGAGAGAAGGGGGAGGUGGGGGAGAAGGGCUACUGUGGAGAGUCUGGGGAGAGGGGAGGAAAAGGACAAAAAGGUGAAUGGGGCGUGAAAGGAGAAAAAGGUAGCAAAGGAGACGCAGGGACAGAAGGCAAAACCGGCCCUGAUGGUCUGCCUGGGGCCAAAGGUGAUCCAGGGGCUAAAGGAGAAAAGGGAGAGUUGGGGCCUCCUGGUCGCAUGGGACCUACUGGGCCAAAGGGUGAGCUUGGGAGCAAAGGGGUGCGAGGCCCUAUCGGGAAGAAGGGCUCUCGGGGCUUCAAAGGCUCCAAGGGUGAGGUGGCCAGUGUCCCCCAGUCGGCUUUCAGCGCUGCUUUGUCAAAGCCUUUCCCUCCUCCUAACACCCCCAUCAAAUUUGACAAGGUUCUCUAUAAUGACCAAGGGAACUACAGUCCUGUCACUGGGAAGUUUAACUGCACCAUUCCUGGAACAUAUGUUUUUUCCUACCAUGUUACCGUGAGGGGCCGACCAGCUCGCAUCAGCCUGGUGGCCCGGAAUAAGAAGCAGUUCAAGUCCAGAGAAACUCUCUACGGUCAGGAAGUGGACCAGGCCUCUCUCCUCAUCAUCUUGAAAUUAAGUGCAGGAGACCAAGUCUGGCUGGAAGUGUCAAAAGAUUGGAAUGGGGUGUAUGUAAGCCCUGAGGAUGAUAGCAUUUUUACUGGGUUCCUUUUGUACCCAGAGGAAACUCCUGGAAUUUCACCAUAA